UAAAAAAAAAUAUUUUAUAUCUUAGAAAAUUGGUUCUAGAGUCAGAACCAGCAGUGCAGAUAAUAGGAACAAGUACUGCUUUCAGUCGUAAUUACUGAAACACGGACAUUGAAUGUAUUUCAGGAAAAUGAUUAGAAUUACAUUUAAUUUUAUCAUGCCAACAGUUCCCCUCUGAAGAUCCUAUUGGGGGAGGUUGAUGUUUACUGCCCACAAGACACUGCAAUCCACAUUUACUAAUGACCCAUGCAUAUUGCAAUCCAACAGAUUCAAGGUUCAAAAUGAGUUGGGCUUUUGUAGGACAUACUUUCUUCACGUUGAUAUAAUUAAAGUCAUCUAUGUUGUAAUUAUCUCUUAAACUAAACAGUGGCAGGAGGUGAAAGACAUUAAUCAAAUUGCCAGUUAAACUGAUUGUAGAAUGAAAUCCCCACUGAUACAUCGGUGUCUCGACACUUCUUUUCGAAUAAACACAAUCAGUCACAAUUGAAAUGGCUGGUCCUCGAGGUGGUUACUAAACCACAAAGGGGAGGGGAUAUCAAGAAAUUACUCCUUCAGAGAGAAGCAGUGUGGAUCAAGAGACUUAAUAGUAUGGUCCCCAUAGGGUUAAAUGAAUACUGGAGUAUUGCACCUUUUUUGUGAAGUAUAUACAGGUCUCAUAUUGCUAUUUCUUUCCCUUUCAGAUAGAAUAUAAGAGCUGCACUGUAUAGUGAUUUAAGUGAACCCACAUUGCGGUAAGAAACUUAAAAUGAGUUAAGGCAGUCUUUUAUAUAUCCUUCCAAAUGUCUAAACUAGACAAGUUUGAUGCAGCAAUUUAUGCUUUAAAAUGUGAAUCUACAUGAAUAAUAUUGUGGUACAUACAAUGGAUUCCCUUGUGGUAGGCCCUAUGGGCAGUACCAGGAAGUAACAAAUGUUUUAAAUGUUUUAAGUUGAUUUUUUCUUCCUUUGUUUCUUCAUGUUCACGUUCCCAUCCAUGCUAAUGCCCCAAGUUCAUUGGACUUUUUUAUCAAUAGAUUGGACUAUACACCAAGUUGGAAACAACAAUUGAACACUUAAAGGAUGGAUUGCUACUUCACUUGCUUUAUUUACGGACUUGUGUUGAUGUCUUUAUAAUAUGUGACACUAUGAUACCUGAACCACAAUUGAAAAUAUAUAACACUAUAUCUUUGUUACAUGGGAGCUAGGCUCUAUACUUCCAAUAGCAGUGGCUCCUCCCACGUACUUAAUUAUAUGGGUGGUAUAAUCCUUAAAUAGAAUGUAUGGUGGUUGUGUUGUAUCCACUUGAUAAAGGACUAUUGUCCGAAACAUGUCGUGUGUUAAAUAAAUAUGUUGCAGUAAAUCUGCUAGUGCCAGGCUCAAUUCUUAUUGCUAUAUUACAAGCCUUACAUGGACUUAGGCUGAGCUGAAGGCACGCUGAAGGCUUUAUUGGAACCAGGACACUCACCUUUUGUGCAAUUCAAGUCCAACUGGAACCAGCCUGUGAGUAAAGACAUGACCACUGAAGCAAACGUAAGUGUGGCAAGUCAGUCUGCAUCAACAUUCGCUUAUAGCGAAAGUGAAAUUACCAAAAUAUUGGAAGGAAUAGAGGACCUACAAUUUUCACAGAACACUGCACCCCCUGAUGAUGUAACCAAAGAACUCUAUUUCCAACAGAAGAAGGAAUUAAGCCUUAACCUCCACCUGAUGUCCCUGGCACAAUAUGUUAAAGCCAGAAGAAUACCACGAGGUUUGAGAGUACCCAUCCAGCCAAAUCUGUGUGCAGAAGAUCCUGUACUAAUUAGACGCUGGCAAGAGAUUUGCAAUAAAUGCAGCCGUGACCUAAUGACACUUACUAUCGAGAGACUGCAUGAAAAAGUGUCUGUUAUAAGGAAAAAUGUCUCCGUGUUAAAAGAUAAAGUUGUAAGUUCAAAGGGGGCGGAGCAAGCAGAAGCGAUACUGAGAGAACAAGCUGAGACGCUGCAGAAACAGAGAGACGCCAUUACAGCGCGGAAGGCAGCCAAGUUUGAGCGAGACGCGCUCGAUUACCAGCAGGAUCGUGUGUACAGUUGGCGGGAGGAAAACCGGAGACAGAGAGGACGCCUACGCACAUCAGGUUGGAGGCAACAUAGAUAUACUUACCAAGGAAACAGAGGGGACGUAAGCACCUCCAGGGAUCACUCAACAGAUUCAAGCGUGACAAGCUUGAGCCAAGUGCAUGAUCGCUACAGCAGCGAGGAUAGUACAGCCUCUUCAAGUCAUUUUUUGGAGCAAGAGAGACUGGGCAAAUCCGGAGCAAAAAAGCACAAAAAACAAGAUUCAAAGGCAGCAACAUAUCGGGAGAGAUAUCCCAGCCGCAACAAACAGAGAUAGAAUAUAAGAGCUGCACUGUAUAGUGAUUUAAGUGAACCCACAUUGCGAUUGGACUAUACACCAAGUUGGAAACAACAAUUGAACACUUAAAGGAUGGAUUGCUACUUCACUUGCUUUAUUUACGGACUUGUGUUGAUGUCUUUAUAAUAUGUGACACUAUGAUACCUGAACCACAAUUGAAAAUAUAUAACACUAUAUCUUUGUUACAUGGGAGCUAGGCUCUAUACUUCCAAUAGCAGUGGCUCCUCCCACGUACUUAAUUAUAUGGGUGUGGUAUAAUCCUUAAAUAGAAUGUAUGGUGGUUGUGUUGUAUCCACUUGAUAAAGGACUAUUGUCCGAAACAUGCCGUGUGUUAAAUAAAUAUGUUGCAGUAAAUCUGCUAGUGCCAGGCUCAAUUCUUAUUGCCACAUUUACUAAUGACCCAUGCAUAUUGCAAUCCAACAGAUUCAAGGUUCAAAAUGAGUUGGGCUUUUGUAGGACAUACUUUCUUCACGUUGAUAUAAUUAAAGUCAUCUAUGUUGUAAUUAUCUCUUAAACUAAACAGUGGCAGGAGGUGAAAGACAUUAAUCAAAUUGCCAGUUAAACUGAUUGUAGAAUGAAAUCCUCCUUAUCUGUAAACACAAACAAGCAGCUAGUAAGGGCACCCACGUGGAGAUUCGGGGAGAUUAAUCGCCCAUCGGCAAACCACCUCUUCUUCAGGGCAACUAUUCUCCCCCAA